UCGGCUCAGACAUAGGCUGCCGCAUCCUGGGGGAACAAAUCGCCAUGAAGACGUACUUGUGCCUCCUGCUCGUCGCUUUCCUCUGCGUCGACUGGGCCCAAACCAACAAAUUACCCAGAAUCUGCGAGCUGGACGACAAAGAUCAUGAUUUUCUGAUAACCUGUGUUAAAGAAAAAAGUGAAACCGAGGUUAUGACUAAGCUCACGGCCGUGAUGAAGGCGUUGCAUUGCGGCGAAGACAUGAAAUGUGGAAUCAAGAAAGCCUGUACCGAAUUCCAAGGCUCUCUUGUGAAGGUGGGGCAAGGAAUUUUCCUGAAUGAAGACGUGCUUAAGAUCCGUGAGCUCUUCACUUCGUGCCUUGACAAGCAAUAAUAUGGCACCGGGAAGCUUCUAGCAAGAAAAGAGAAAGCCACAAUAAAAAAGCUCCCAUCAUGUAGCAACGAGAAAAGAAAAAGUGUGCUUGCAAUGUCCGUCAUUUAGGACCACUGUUCUUUUGGUUGUUGCUACGAGAGCCGCUUAAUGUUA